UUUCAUGCCCCAGCGGCAGUUGGAUACUAGCAGUUGGUCCAAGGAGAACGGCUGCAGCAUGGCUGAGCUGGGAACAGGCAGGCAGGUCACAAGGGAUGGAACCGGGUGGACACUUGAGGCAGCAUGCAGGAUGCAGGUUCGGGGCCUCCUCCUCCUCCUGGCGCUGAUCCUGGUGGCUGCUGCUGCCGAGGCUGGCAAGAACAAGAAAGAAAAGACAAAGAAGGAUGGCUCCAAGUGUGAGGACUGGCGCUGGGGACCUUGUGUUCCAAACAGUAAGGACUGUGGCCUGGGCUACCGCGAGGGAACUUGCAAAGAUGAGAGUAAGAAGCUCAAGUGCAAGAUCCCCUGCAACUGGAAGAAGAAAUUUGGAGCUGACUGCAAGUACAAGUUUGAGAGCUGGGGAGGCUGCAGUGCUCAGACAGGCCUGAAGACUCGCUCUGGCAUCCUGAAGAAAGCCCUGUACAAUGCCCAGUGUGAGGAGACUGUCUAUGUGACCAAGCCCUGCUCCUCCAAGAUCAAGUCAAAGUCCAAAGCAAAGAAGGGCAAGGGGAAAGACUAGAGCAGGAAGCCAGCAUCCUCAACAUGGUGCCUACAGGACUGGAUGUCCAGCUGCAGCUGGCCCACACUACAGUCUUCCUCCUCCUCUCCUUACUCCUUUCACUGAGAUGCCUUGUUUUAAUCAUUAGUGUUGUAGAGAGCAAACCCACCCACCCUGCAGGAUAGGCUGCCUCCUCCCUUGCUGUCCCAUGGGCACUGCCUCCUCUCGGCUGGUGUUGGGAUUCCCUGGAAUGUGCUCAGAGAGCUGGGAUGGAACACACAUUUUUCCACCCUCCAGCACAAAUGAGUUGCAUUUGGCACAUCCUUUUGCAAGCCCUGGAGCCUCCUUGCUCCUCCACCUGGUACCAGUGCCAGAGGGAAGGGCUGGGUGUUGAAUGACUAAGUAACCCCAUCACUCAAGCUUCUCACUCAAGGACUACUCUCACCUCAGGGGGUUUAUUCCAGCAUGGGAUAAACUUUAGCCGGGGCAUGAUUUACCUGCAGCAGUUGAGGAAAACACAACCAUCACCCUGAGAAGCAACUUUGUCUCCUCUCUGUCACUUCUAACCAUGUGUGUCCAUGCUGGGGCUGAAGCCCCUCUGCCUUUGCCAUGCCAAAACCAGUGAUGGGUGGGAGCUCUCCUUUUGGAAUUUUUUUUUCUUUUCCAAUAAAAAAUCUUUUAAAAAAAAGUAUCAGAACACCCCUGUUGUCCCCACAAGGUAAUGCUGUGUUGGAAGCCCCAGGAAACCCCAGGUGUGGUGCCCUACUGGCACCAGCAGUGAAGUUACCAUGCAGCUGGUAGUGGUGGCCUGGAUGCCACAUGCACGUGGUCCUGAACAAAGCACUAGACCUCACAGCCUCUUUCCAACAACACUUGGAAAUCUUGGCAGAAGGGAUGGACUGCAGGAAAUAUCACC